GCAGGCGCAGCGGCGACGCCGACGCCGACGACGGCGGCAACAGCGGCCACAGCGGCCACAGCGGCGGCGGCGGCGGCGGCCCCGGCCGAGGAGCGCGCUGGGGGGGAGGGGGGGCCGCAGAGGAGCAUGAAUGGAGCAAAAUGGCGGAUCAUGUGCAGAGCCUGGCCCAACUAGAAAAUCUGUGCAAGCAGCUGUAUGAAACAACAGACACAGCCACUCGACUGCAGGCGGAGAAAGCCUUGGUGGAGUUCACCAACAGCCCCGAUUGCCUGAGCAAGUGCCAGCUACUCCUUGAAAGAGGAAGUUCGUCCUACUCCCAGUUACUGGCAGCUACAUGCCUUACGAAGCUCAUAUCACGCACAAACAACCCCCUCCCAUUGGAACAGCGAAUAGAUAUUCGGAACUAUGUGCUCAACUACCUUGCCACCCGGCCAAAGCUGGCUACUUUUGUGACACAAGCACUAAUCCAGUUAUAUGCCAGGAUCACAAAACUGGGCUGGUUCGAUUGUCAGAAGGAUGACUACGUCUUCAGAAAUGCAAUCACAGACGUCACCAGGUUUUUGCAGGAUAGCGUUGAAUACUGCAUCAUUGGCGUCACAAUUUUAUCUCAGCUAACCAAUGAAAUUAAUCAAGCAGAUACCACCCAUCCUCUGACCAAGCACAGAAAAAUAGCCUCCUCUUUCCGGGACUCGUCGUUAUUUGAUAUCUUCACACUUUCCUGCAACUUACUAAAACAGGCUUCGGGGAAGAAUCUAAACUUGAAUGAUGAAAGUCAACAUGGCUUACUCAUGCAGCUGCUUAAGCUUACGCAUAACUGCCUGAACUUUGACUUCAUCGGCACAUCCACGGACGAGUCCUCAGACGACCUGUGCACGGUGCAAAUCCCCACCAGCUGGAGAUCAGCGUUCUUGGAUGCUUCAACUCUGCAGCUGUUUUUUGACCUGUAUCAUUCCAUCCCUCCUUCGUUUUCACCUCUGGUAUUAUCCUGCUUAGUGCAGAUUGCCUCGGUGAGAAGGUCCCUGUUUAACAACGCAGAGAGGGCCAAGUUUCUCUCUCACCUGGUUGAUGGUGUUAAACGAAUACUGGAAAACCCACAGAGUUUGUCAGACCCAAACAAUUACCAUGAGUUUUGCAGACUACUGGCCCGUUUGAAGAGUAACUACCAACUGGGAGAGUUGGUAAAGGUGGAAAACUACCCCGAAGUCAUCCGGUUGAUCGCCAACUUCACAGUGACCAGCCUGCAGCACUGGGAAUUUGCCCCGAACAGUGUACACUAUCUCCUGAGCCUGUGGCAGCGACUGGCGGCCUCUGUGCCAUAUGUCAAGGCCACAGAGCCCCACAUGCUGGAAACCUACACGCCUGAGGUCACCAAAGCCUACAUCACGUCCCGCUUGGAGUCCGUGCACAUCAUACUGAGAGAUGGCCUAGAGGACCCUCUGGAGGAUACAGGUCUGGUGCAGCAGCAGCUGGACCAGCUGUCCACCAUCGGACGCUGCGAGUACGAGAAGACAUGCGCACUGCUGGUGCAGCUGUUCGACCAGUCGGCCCAGUCCUACCAGGAGCUGCUGCAGAGCGCUAGUGCCAGCCCCAUGGACAUUGCUGUACAGGAGGGAAGGCUGACGUGGCUGGUGUACAUCAUCGGAGCAGUGAUUGGCGGCCGGGUGUCUUUUGCCAGUACCGAUGAGCAAGAUGCGAUGGACGGCGAGCUUGUCUGUCGGGUGCUCCAGCUGAUGAACCUAACAGAUUCUCGCUUGGCCCAGGCGGGUAACGAGAAGCUAGAAUUGGCCAUGCUGAGCUUUUUUGAACAGUUUCGUAAGAUCUACAUUGGGGACCAGGUGCAGAAAUCCUCCAAGCUGUACCGCCGGCUUUCGGAAGUGCUGGGCUUGAACGACGAGACGAUGGUGCUCAGCGUCUUCAUCGGGAAGAUCAUCACCAACUUGAAGUACUGGGGCCGUUGCGAACCAAUCACCUCGAAGACGCUGCAGCUUCUGAAUGACCUCUCCAUUGGGUACAGCAGCGUCAGGAAGCUGGUGAAGCUUAGUGCAGUGCAGUUCAUGCUGAACAAUCACACGAGCGAGCACUUUUCAUUCUUGGGUAUUAACAAUCAAUCCAACCUGACAGACAUGCGGUGUCGGACUACCUUCUACACAGCGCUCGGGCGUCUCCUCAUGGUGGACUUAGGAGAGGAUGAAGAUCAGUACGAGCAGUUCAUGCUUCCCCUCACAGCCGCAUUCGAGGCUGUGGCCCAGAUGUUCAGCACCAACACUUUCAACGAACAGGAAGCCAAGCGUACUCUGGUUGGCCUGGUGAGAGACCUCAGGGGCAUAGCUUUCGCCUUCAACGCCAAGACCAGCUUCAUGAUGCUGUUUGAAUGGAUAUACCCAUCCUACAUGCCGAUCCUGCAGCGGGCGAUCGAGCUGUGGUACCAUGACCCAGCCUGCACCACGCCUGUGCUCAAGCUCAUGGCAGAACUCGUUCAUAACAGGUCCCAGAGGCUGCAGUUUGACGUCUCUUCUCCCAACGGCAUCCUACUCUUCCGGGAAACCAGCAAGAUGAUCACAAUGUAUGGCAAUCGUGUCCUGACCCUGGGAGAGGUGCCAAAGGACCAGGUCUAUGCCCUGAAGCUCAAGGGUGUCUCCAUCUGCUUCUCCAUGCUCAAGGCCGCCCUCAGUGGCAGCUAUGUCAACUUCGGAGUCUUCCGUCUCUAUGGUGACGACGCCCUCGACAACGCUCUGCAGACCUUCAUCAAGCUGCUGCUCUCCAUUCCCCACAGCGACCUCCUGGAUUACCCCAAGCUCAGCCAGUCUUACUACUCACUACUGGAAGUCCUCACCCAGGACCAUAUGAACUUCAUCGCCAGCCUGGAACCUCAUGUCAUCAUGUAUAUUCUCUCUUCCAUUUCUGAAGGACUCACUGCCCUUGACACCAUGGUGUGCACAGGCUGCUGCUCGUGCCUGGACCACAUCGUGACAUACCUCUUCAAGCAGCUGUCACGCAGCACCAAGAAGAGGACGACCCCACUGAGCCAGGAGAGCGAUCGCUUUCUGCAUAUCAUGCAGCAGCAUCCCGAGAUGAUCCAGCAGAUGCUGUCCACGGUGCUGAACAUCAUCAUCUUUGAAGACUGUAGGAACCAGUGGUCUAUGUCCCGGCCUCUGCUUGGCUUGAUACUACUAAAUGAAAAGUAUUUUUCUGACCUGAGAAACAGUAUCGUGAACAGCCAGCCACCAGAGAAGCAGCAGGCUAUGCAUUUGUGCUUCGAAAACCUGAUGGAAGGCAUCGAGCGCAAUCUGCUCACGAAAAACAGAGACCGGUUCACCCAGAACCUGUCCACGUUCCGUCGAGAAGUCAACGACUCGAUGAAGAAUUCCACGUACGGCGUGAACAGCAACGACAUGAUGAGCUGACAUCUCCUCGGACUGACCCGUACGGAGCAGCGUCCCCUUGGUCUGGCCCAGAGAGAACAGUUGGAGGGAGAGGGCCUGGCUGUCCCUGGUCCCUUCCUCCCAGGCCGUGAGGGAGACGGCAGAGGUCACCUAGCUAAUUCUCUGGGGAACAGUGUGCGUGCACUCCCUGGGGGCAGGGCGCUGCUGGUUCCUGGGGCCUGGGUGGGAGGGUGUGGGGAGGAGACUGAGACACAGCCGCCCGCACCUGCAGCCCCUCCUCCGGGGCCGCCCGAGGGGGGCAAACCCCCAGUGUCCUGCCACAACCUGCCUUGUAUAAACAUGUACAUUUUUUCAUAACAUUUUGAACAAGGUUUAUAUUGACUCAA